AUGCCGCAAGUGCUUAGAGCGAUGCAGGACCAACACUGGCAGGUGCGCUUGCGUGCUGUGGAGGCCGUGUGCCGCGGAGGAUUUCCAGCAGCGGAAGCUGUGACGCAGCUGAUCAACGCACUUGAGGACCAGAACGGUUUGGUGCGCAAAGCCUCCACAGUAGCGUUGGGUGAGAUGGGCCUUGUGGCAGUUGCAGCUCUGCCACAGUUGAUUCGAACACUCCAAGACGAAGACUGGCAGGUGCGCAAAGGUGCCACAGAGGCCUUGGGCGAGAUGGUCCCUGCAGCGGUGGAAGCUGUGCCGCAGCUGACGAAAGCGCUCGAGGACGGACACCCUGCUGUGCGCAAAGGUGCGGCCGAGGCAUUGGGCAAGAUAGCUCCUGCAGUGGCUGAGGUGCCUCAGUUGUUCCACAUACUUCAGGUGCAGCACGAAUCUUCGGAAGUGCGCUUGAGUGCCGCAGAGGCUCUGCGCGUCAUGGGUCAUGAAGUUGAAGCUGUGGACCAGGAAGACUGGUACAUGCGCAAAGACACUGCGAAGGCUUUUCCUGGGGUGGAGAUGGAACCUGCCUUGGUCAACAAAUGGGCUCAUCUAAUCUCACCUCUCGAGGCCAGGGAUGCAAGAGUGCUUGCAGCUUUGGCAAAGGUCUAUUGUGCUUUGGAUCCUGGAGCAGCUGGGUCUUUGCUGCAGCUGAUUUGCGCGCUCCUGGACGGACAGAUCAAUGCCUGUAGGACCUCGCACAAGGUGGCAUAUGAGGACCGACGAUGGCAGCUGCGAUUGCGUGCCAUAGAAGCCUUCAGUAGGAUGAGUCCCGCGGCAGCUGAAGCUGUGCCACAUUUGACCAAAGCUCUGGAGGACCAAAACUUGAUCUUUCACGCGGUUGCAGCAAAAGCCUUGUGCCCCUUUUAUCCGGCAGCAGCUGAAGCUGUUCCACAGCUGAUCAAAGCGCUCGAAGACCAGCGCUCGCGUGUGAUUACGGAAGCUGCCAAGUCCUUGAGUAAGACAAAGCCUACAGCUCUGUCCUUGCAAUAUCUUGGUCCCGCACUUGCAGGGGCAGAUCCGCGAGAGCACGCCCACGGUGUUCUGUUGCAGCUUGUACUUUCAACCAAAUCCUGCAACGAGCAUCUAACAAACCCCAUUAUAGCCAUGGCCGUGCAGAAUGCGAUCUGGUACAGUAACAACGAAGAUGUGGUGAGGUCAGCAGUGUACGCGCUGCCUGCGAUCUUGGAGGCUGCUGAUCUGGACGAUUUCAAGCUGCGCGGCCUUCUGCAGCGAGCUCUUCGCAUGGUGCCAGAUGCUGUUGUGCAGU